ACAUUUAGUUUAGUGAAUUCAAGUGUAUUUCAGUUAAACAAUGAAUUUCUUUACUGUAUUUCAUCGAAUCCUUUUCUUCAUCAUAUUGACUGGAUUCAGUCAAUCAGCUCCAGUUGGAAUGGUCCAUUCCACGGAUUUGACUGAAUACAUUGAAAAAUUCAAAUUUGAAGAUUAUAAAAUCGUUCUGGGUGAUAUCAUGGAAAGUAUUUCAGCUACAGCUAGCUCGCUGUCGUUCAAGAAUGCUAUUGUGGACAACCAGAGACUUUGGAACCCAAAAAAACCUAUUCCUGUUGCUGUUCAACAAUCAUUCCCGAAAGAAAUGAAAGACGAAAUUGAAACAGCUCUCAAUGAUAUACAGAACCACACUUGCUUGCGAUUUAAAAAUGCUGAAAAAGACGAUAACCGAACAGGAGUGCUUGUUUUUACAGACGGUCCUGGCUGCUCUUCUUUUAUUGGUUAUAAAGGUGGAUUUCAACAAAUUGUCAUGAACUCAUCUGCAUGUAGAUGUGCAGGAACUGCAGUCCAUGAAACUAUGCAUGCUUUAGGAUUUGCUCAUGAACAAGUGCGAUCCGAUCGCGAUGAUUAUGUUGAGAUACUUACAGAUAAUAUCAUAAAAGAGUACAUUGGAAACUUUGAGAAGCUAAGUCCAGAUCAAAAUCGACUUCUUACUGCUUAUGACUAUGAUUCAAUAAUGCAUUAUCCUGGUGAUGCUUUCAGCAAGUCGCCAGGACUGAAGACUAUUCAGCCCAAAAAGAAAGGAGUGAAACUACUUAACUCUUGUGUCAAAGGUAAACUAUCAAAACUGGACAUCGUUAAGAUAAACAAGUUAUACAAUUGUACUUCUUAUUUGGAUGGAACUAAAAAUCCUGGUAAAGAUGUGAAACCUUUUGUUAUAAGAAGGAUGUAAAUGUCAUUUCUUUGAAAACAAAAAAAACUGAAUCAUUUUCUUGAAUUAUUCAAUAACCAAUGAUAAAAUAUUUCUAAAACUUCCUUCAAUAAAUAAAUAUUCAGCGU